AUGGCACACUCUCACCCUAUAGUCAAAAUCCCCCCUCAACUCUGUCGACCCAUCCUGGCCUACGGGUCUUCGGGCAUGAUAGGUCGGGACGUCGAGAAUGACCAGGAGGUCUGGAAAUGCCCAAUCCGCUAUGACACCCAUCAAUGCAGCCCAGAAGGGGUUGCCCAAGCACAUGAAGUGGAAUCGUAUUCUGCCCUGUGCAUGGACCGCGAGAGAUCGAUUUACCAACAUCACCCUCUGCAUGAAAACAUUCUACAAGGCCUGCAAAUAUCAGACAUCGGUAUCCGCCUGCCCUACAUGCAACACGGCAAUAUCCGCGCGUUCUGUCAGACCCGCUGCGUCACGGAUCAGACCAAGGACCAGUGGAUCAAAGCGGCCAUCGCAGCAAUCGCUCAUCUCCACUCUCAUGGUGUUAUCCAUGCCGACCUCAGUCCACGUAACUUCUUGGUCACUGAUCACCUGGCCCUCAAGCUUUGUGAUUUCGGUGGAUCGGGACUCCAAGAUCUCCCCUCCAUUGCGGAGGAAGAGGACCCCUACCGGAUCUUCCCUGGAACGCCGCGCUCCUUCCACACCGAUGUCUUUGCCCUCGGCUGUUUGAUUUACGAGAUCGCGGUAGGAAAGAAACCAUACGCAGACAUAGACGACGAGGACUGGGAGCAGAUUGCCAAUAAUUAUGCGGCCGGGAGCUUUCCGCGCCUUGACCGAGUGAAAUAUCAACACAUCAUCCGGCAUUGCUGGAUAUUACAAUACGACGAUGCACAAGACGUUCUUAGGGAUAUUGGAGCCAUGGAGAGCCCGCCAUAAAGCUACGCGUUCAACUACGGCCAAACAUCUUGCAUCUCUCGGCAUUUGCCCGAGCCCCGCAAUUGAGCUGGCUCUUUCACUACCUUUUCUGCAAGUCCUCGUCUGCACGAUGUGUCUGGAAGAACAAGAUAGUAUCCAAUCUAUGUACUUUACAUAAGCAAAUGAGGCGACAUGGAAAAAGAAAGCAAAGGAGAGCGAGAAAAGACACAGACAUACUGUACAAGUGAUCAAAUCAAUG